AUGCGAUGCAUCUUUACAGCCAUGGACGGCGUCCGCGUAUUCACUGUAUUAGCGUUAACUUGCACAACGGCACACUCGUCUCUUCUCCAUCUCCCGUACGGGGACCCUCGACUGAAGCCGCGAAACGUCCACGAGCUGCUCGACCGCAUCAGGCAAGAGACGUCCAACAUCACGCGCGACGAUGACGAGGCCAGUUACCUGUACCCAUUCGAAUUUCUCAUAGACUUCGCCAGGUCUGACUUCAAUUUAUCAGCAGUUAUGGAGACUUUUGAGACAGGCGUAACAAACGAACAAACGUGCAAGACGUGUCGGUACAUUGCGAAGGCCCUGAAGGACAACUCCGGAAAAACCAGAAUGGCCGCUCUCACCGGUUUUCUCUGGGCGUUCUGUUUUGUCAACCACUUCACUACGACUGAAGUCUGCCAAGGUCUGAUCAGCAGCUACAAAGAUGACCUAGGCUACAUCAUGAGAACUACAAGGUCUGAGCCUGACGAAAUAUGCACACUUUUGUUCGGCCAUACGUGUGGGAACCUCACGUCUCCGGAGCACAUAUGGGAAGUUCGUUUGCCACCACGGAAGAACUCGAGGACGCGACAUCGUGCAUUGACGAGAGACGACGAGCCGGAGGUUCGAAUCCUUCAGCUGUCGGACACGCAUUAUGACCCGGAGUACGUGGCUGGUAGCCUCGCGGACUGCGACGAGCCGGUGUGCUGUCGUGAAGAAUCGGGCACUCCGAAAAGCGACUCUCAGAAGGCGGGCCCUUGGGGAGACUACCGCCUCUGUGAUCUCCCACUUCAGACGCUCGACCACAUGCUUCGUCAUAUAGCGAACGAACAGACGGUAUUGUCGUUGCAGGUGGACUUCGGUUACUUGACGGGUGAUCUUCCGCCUCAUAGUGUGUGGAAAGUAACAGAGGAGCAUAAUGAGAUCACCUUCAACGCCACAUUACAAACGAUCGCCCAGCGACUGCAAGGCAUCACCAUUUACCCCGUCGUCGGAAACCACGAGGCAGUGCCACCAAACUUGUACGCACCUGAUUUUACGCAGGUUUGA